CUCCGUCCCAAUUGAAAUCCACAACAUUUACAAAGCCAUCUACAGAGGGAGAAAGAGGAAGAAGAGAGAAAUGAGCUUUUCGUCGACGGCGGGAUAUUUGGCUCGGCGAGCCGCCCAGAAGGAGAGGGUUCGGAUCCUUUACCGGCGAGCCCUCAAAGACACUCUCAAUUGGGCUGUCCAUCGCCAUCUCUUUUAUCGAGAUGCGUCGGACCUCCGGGAGAGAUUCGAUGCAAACAAGCACGUGGAAGAUCUUGACAGAAUAGAUAGGAUGAUAGCUGAUGGAGAAGCUUCCUAUAAUAAGUGGCGACAUCCUGAUCCCUAUAUCGUUCCUUGGGCUCCGGGUGGUUCUAAGUUUACGCGAAACCCAACUCCACCUCCGGGGAUCGAGAUCAUAUAUAACUAUGGGCGGGAAGAUCACUGAAAUCUUCGUUAUCAUGGUAAUAAAUAAAGGUUGAAAAAGCAACGUUUUGAGUAUUGCAGGUUGAAAUUGUUCGUGGGCUCGUCAGAGUCGAUGAUGAUAAAGCGCGAGCUCUUUGACGUGUAAACUCGAAUGAACACAAAUUAUAGUCAUUCCUAGUUGAUUUGGUUUCUUCUUAUUGCUCAGAUAUGCAAAUUUGACAUAGAAAAAUCACCAUUGGAACGAUGUGUGAUGCUGCAACUUUUGGUUAAUUAUCCAUCCUUUGCAGGAUGAGCGGUUUGCCCGAUUGCUUGUCAUUGCAUCAGAUGUUUAAAUAAAUAGGAAAUGUUUUUAGCAAUUGAGAAGCUAAUUUCAUUUU